AGGCAUAUUAUCAUGUUAUUGUUGUUUAUUCAGUCUAAUGAAAGUUUCAAUUUUAAGUACAUUUACAUUCAGUGUUUGUUAAUUGUGUUGGAGUUGCUACUUAGCCCAUUAGUUUUGUGGGCUCUUGGUUAGAGUAAGUACAAUGAUGACUGCUUUUAUGAGUCUCAUUAUAGCUACACUGCUGUUAACAACAGUGAGAAGUAGAAGUUGUCCCAGUUGGUUCCAUAAGACAGCUGGAUCAGAUGAGUGUGAGUGUGGCAUAGAGAAGAAAAAUUUACUUAAUUGCUAUCAGUUACUAAACAAAACUACGAUAACGGCUGGUCAUUGCCUCACUUACGACAGUGAUAACAAUAUCGAACACUUUGGCCAAUGUCCAUACGCUGGCAAAAAUAGUUUAAUUGGGCAGAUUUGUACUGUGCCAUCUGAUGUGUCUCAACUGAAUGAGAUGAUGUGUGGGCCUCUGAAUCGCACUGGAGUACUGUGUAGUCAUUGCCAACCAGGACUGGGACCAGCUGUCUUCUCGUACUACAGAGAGUGUAAAGAGUGUUUGGUUUAUCCUUAUGGAUGGAUUCUCUUUUUUGUCAGGUUUAUUAUUCCAUCGACAGUGUUUUGUGUGCUGGUCAUUGCUUUACGUAUUAAUGUAGCAUCUCCUGCCUUGAAUGGAUUUGUAUUGGCUGCCCAAAUUAUCACCACUGUCUUCAGCAACAAUCCUAUUUCUUUAGCCAAUGGUUCCUAUAAUGUCGUUGUAGAUUUUGUUGCAGGCAUCUAUGGAAUUUUCAGUUUGGACUUUUUUAACUUUCUAAUUCCAUCAUUUUGUAUUGGCCCUGAUGUGAGCAUGCUCACUGUGUUGGCAUUGGAAUAUAUUAUAGCGCUUUACCCGAUAUUUUUCACUGUCGCUGUUUACUUGUGCAUAACAAUGCAUAACAAAGGAUUUAAGAUAUUUGUGAUUUGUUGGAAACCAUUUCAUAAAUGUUUUGCACGGUGUCGUAGGAGUUGGGAGUUGAAAGGAUCUGUUGUGAAUGCCUUUGCUACUUUUAUACUACUUUCGUAUUGUAAAUUCAGUUCUAUUUCACUUUAUCUGCUACAGAAAGUGCCUGUUUUGGACAAGUAUGGAAACCAAACAUAUAGAUUGUACUAUAACGCAAGUAUUUAUGGCGUGAGCUCAAAUAACUACUAUGCUGUUUAUUUUGGUAUUUCUGUCUUUGUACUCAUUACCAUGGUUUUUAUCCCAACUGUUUUUAUCUUGUUCUAUCAGAUUCGUAUUUUCCAGAGAUGUCUUUUCUGUUGUAGAAUCAGGUGUACCUUACUUCACGAGAUGGCUAACAUAGUUCAGGGUUGUUUCAAGAAUGGCACUACCCCAGGUACAAGAGACUAUCGCUGGUUUGCUGGACUCUACCUUUUGUUGAGAAUUGUGUUGGUGUCUUCGAUCAAUGGGUCACACUAUUCUCUCUUUUAUCAAUUUCUAGCUUGCAUAAUGUCUACAGUGGUUGCUAUUAUGCGUCCAUAUCGAAUUGACAAGUACAACACCCUUGACUCUUUUUUGUGGUUAUACUUUGGCCUCACAAUGGGUAUUUAUGUCUACAUUCGUGCGUACGAUAACGUAUCGAAGGUGGUAUUGUACAUUUCAAUUGGUGUACCUUGUGCUUACUUUGUGUGCUAUGUUUCAUGGAAAUUGAUCGUCUCAUUCAUCAAAUGUUGCCGAUUUUACAUCUUCACCAAUGUCUCGAAAAGCCGGAUUUCGAUUGAUGAGAACAGCGUUCCAGAUCGUUUAAUAAAUCCAGAUGAAUACACUCCACUAAUAGCACCUAUAUUGGCAACUAAGUGAUGUAUUGAUUAGGAACAUGUAGAUCUAUAAAUGUCAUAAAGUGUUUAUGCAUGUAUGUUGCAAAUAAACUGAACUUUA